AUGCCUCAGGCUCAGUCCAAGGAAGGGGACAAGGUUAAUUACAAGCCGGUGGGCGGCGCGCAAUCCAAGACAAACAAAAGCGUCGGAGUCAUUCGUGAAACCUUAGGAGGGCGUAGCGCAUCAGAUGAUGAGCCGCGAUAUAUGAUCGAGAACAUGCACACCCACAAGAGCUCCUCUAUCAAGCAGGGCAACAUCGAGGGACCGGCGGAGUAA